GCCAUCCAGGUGGCUUCCCGACUCCCUGUCGCGCUGGGGUCCCAGCCGCCACACGCCCCAGAACUGGCCUCUGGCUCCCGGCGUCCCGGAUGGCCGGCGACCCCUGGUGGAGGGAGGAAGGGAAGGUCCCCGACGGCAGGCGACCGAUGGCGGGGGCUGGGGGUCCCCUGCGCCUCCGCGACUGGCUGGUGGCACAGAUCGAGAGCGGGCGCUACGCGGGGUUGCGCUGGGAGGACGCAGGCAAGACCCUCUUCCGCAUCCCCUGGAAGCACGCGGCCCGGCAGGGCUAUCGGGCGCAGCAGGACGCGGCACUCUUCAGGGCCUGGGCCAUACACAAGGGCAAGCACCUAGAGGGCAUCGACAAGGAGGACCCCCCCACCUGGAAGACCCGGCUCCGCUGUGCCCUCAACAAGAGUGCUGACUUCUGUGAGGUGCGAGAGCGCAGCCAGCUGGACAGCCCCAACCCCUACAAGGUCUACCGGAUUGUGGCCGACGGUGCCCGUGGCCCAGUUGCCAGAGCUUGUGUUCCCCCUGAAAAGAAGAACAUUCUUCAGAGCCAGCAGGAGCCCCCUGGAGAAGUGACAGAGCUGGCCUGCCGGACAGACCAGGAUGGCUCCAGAUCAACCAAGGAGGAUAAGGACAAAGAGCAAUCUCCCAGGCUGGCCCAGCAGGGCUCCCUGCCACCAGCUGCCCGGCUCCCAGCCCCUCUGGCUGACCACAGGUACCACGCACAGGACCCUACACGCCACUGGAGCCCCUUGCCCUCUGAGGACUUCGGCAACCGUGGUAAGGAAUCUCAAGGCCCUUGUCACGCCCCAAUUGUACAGAUGGCCCCAGAUCCUAUCCUUUUGACCAUGGAGCUCAACUACCAGUUCAUUUAUACUGGAAGCUACUGCCAUUUACUACUACUAGAGUUAUUAUUUCUCCGGAGGGAGCACCCCAAAUUCCCGAGGUGGGGGCAGGCAGGACCUGGGGCUGGGGGCGUGGUCAGUGCUGGGGCCGCUAACACCCCGCAGAUUGCUAGCUGCACGUGCGGCUGUUCUACGGUGCGUGAAGCCACCGCGCGCACGGCCAGCUGCCGCCUGAGUCCCCGGGCGGUCCCCGCGGCCGAGCGCCUGCGGGGGCCGCCGCCGCGCCUCGCGCAGGUCCGCUUCCCGGAGCCCGGCGCCCGCGAGCUGCAGCGCUUGGGGCGGCACCCGGGGCGGGGCGUGCUCGCCGAGCGCCUGUGCCGGGGCCGCGGGUACCCGCCGGGCCCGCUCCGCCUGCACCGCGCGCCGCCCGACAAGCCGGAGCGCGGGCGCACCUGCCAACUGCUCGACACGCGCCGCUUCCUCGAGGAAUUGCGUGCCCACCUUCAGGAUGGUCGCCAGGAGCCCGAGUACCAAAUCCGUCUGUGCUUUGGCGAGGAGUACCCAGGGCCCCCAGACCAGCCCGAGGAGCGGCUCAUCAUGGCCCACGUGGAGCCAGUCUUCACCAGCGAGCUCUUCCUGCACUCAAGCACCACUAGGGUGGUAUCCCAGCGGUGGCAGGUCCCCAGCCCAGCAUCGCCGAUGGCGUCACUCACCUGCUCACGCAGCUGAGUCAGCAGUAAAGGGUCACUUCCUCCUCUCCUACCAUCCGAAGUCACCCCGCUCCCGCGAGUGCAGACCCCACCCCAGACCUGCCCGUGGACUUGGGGCUGCCCAUCGCCCAGGUCAGUGGGGACGGCGGAAGCAGAUCCGCGCCCUUCAACCUCUCCGCCGCAGAGAUGCAGCCCUGGAGCGCGUGGGCGGACGGCACACAGCUGGGCCUGGGAAGUCAGGAGGAAACCAAACUCGACCUUGAGCUUCUGGAAACAGCAAUUAGGGCAGAAACAAGACUUCAUUUCUCGUUGGGAGCCCAACAGGUCUGUGGUGAUAUACCUGCAAGCCCGCUUUACCUGCAACUGAUUCAUUAUAAGGUUUGCUUAAAGCUGGGUUUACCGAUAAUUAGAUCCUCAGGGAUUAGAGAGAAGCCAGACAGUAACAGAAUUGCCUGGCCUCUAAGGGGCUCUGAGUUUCCAGACCCAUCCUCCCACCUGCCACUAGUCUCUAUUCUUAUGUGGCCAGGGAGGGCUCCCACAGCAGAAAACUUGGCCUGAACUGGGGGUUUGGGGGUUGACAACUGAACCACCAGCACCAAUAGAUACUGUGUUUGAAGGAAUUCAGGCUGAGCCCCAAACAUAGCCCUAGGGCAGAAGCUAAUGUCGGAGGCUUUGCAAACUGCAAGUUGUAGGAAGUCCUUGAGAAUUGGAAGGGAGCCCCUUCAACCAUGAAGGCAACUUGCCUUGGCGGGAAAUUCACUGUUUCCUGCCCCAGAUAUCAGACCUUGUUUCCCUUUUUGAUUUCUGACUUUAUAGAGAUUCUCUUACAGAUGGCAACAUAAUAAAUCUCUGUUAGUGAUACAUUAA